GCGAGCGGGCGGAAGUGCGAGGUGCGCACGGCGCGGUGUCUGUAAGAUGGCGGUGUCCAAGAGGAAGCGUGAGCUGCCGGCUGCUGCGAGGCCGAAGAAGCGAGUGAAGGCGGCUCCGGCUGCGAACGAGGCCACCGCUAAGGCUGCCCCGGACGGAGCGGCCCCGGAGGAGUACAGCAUCCCGGCGCCGGUCUCUCAGGGUAAAUGGAAGAACAAGGAGCGGGUGCUUAUUUUCUCCUCUCGUGGGAUUAAUUUCAGAACAAGGCACCUAAUGCAAGACCUGAGAACGCUGAUGCCUCAUUCUAAAGCAGAUACUAAAAUGGACCGUAAAGACAAGCUGUUUGUAAUUAAUGAGGUGUGUGAAAUGAAAAACUGUAAUAAGUGCAUCUUCUUUGAAGCUAAAAAGAAACAAGAUCUUUAUAUGUGGCUUUCAAAUACUCCACAGGGACCAUCAGCUAAAUUCUUAGUGCAGAACAUUCACACGCUGGCAGAAUUGAAGAUGACAGGAAACUGCUUAAGAGGCUCACGGCCCCUUCUGUCCUUUGAUCCAACUUUCGACAAGGAGCCACACUAUGCCUUGCUGAAGGAGUUGUUUAUUCAGAUAUUUAGUACACCACAGUAUCAUCCCAAAAGCCAGCCUUUUGUAGAUCAUGUUUUCACGUUCACCGUCACAGACAAGAGAAUAUGGUUUCGAAAUUACCAGAUAAUAGAAGAGGAUGCAUCUCUAGUAGAAAUUGGGCCUCGUUUUGUCCUGAAUCUCAUAAAAAUCUUCCAGGGUAGCUUUGGAGGACCAACUCUGUAUGAGAAUCCCUAUUAUCAGUCCCCAAACAUGCACCGACGGUUGAUAAGACUGUCAAUAGCUGCUAAGUUUAAGGAGAAACAUCAAGUGAAAGAAGUACAAAUGAUGAAGAAGAAGGAGAGUAAAGUGCUUAUUGAAGAGGAUCCCACUGAAGUGGUCUUUGAAACUCCAGCUGAAGAAAAGCCAGUGGAAAUACAGCUUGUGAAACCAGAGUCAAAGGCAAUUGUAAAAGAUAAAAGGAAACCGCGCAAGGUUCAGAGGAAGAAGCAGAAAAAGCUUUUCAGAACUGAAGCAUAAGCCGAGAAGUUACAGAUGGAGAUGCCAAAGUCAUCUUUUAGUCUAAUGUAGCUAUAUUAAAUAUUUCUUAGCUACAUUGACAGAAUAUUGGGGAUACUUGUUUUCUACUGGUAAAACUAACUGGAUUUCAGUUCUAAGUAAAUAAAUAUCAGUUUCUUUAUUGAA